GCGCGGCGGCUCUCCUCCCCCGCGCUGCCGCCGCGGGUGUGCGCGCGGAGCCGUAUCGGUGCCCCAGCCGCCGCCGCCGUUGCCGUCGCCUGCAAUGGCGUUGAGGCACCGCGGCGGUUGCUGCCUGCUGUCAGGCGGGCGGCGGCAGCGGCCGUUCUCCACAGAGGCGCCGAGCCGCCGCGGGCCGGAGGAGGAGCGGGGGCAGCGCUGAGGCGGGAGGCUGGGGGAAGCCCGCCGCGGCUCUCGGCUGGGUUAAAUCAGCCGUUGUUCUUGAGAGUCUUCGGUUGCACUGCUUUGUCAGAAUUGACCACGUGUGUUUAGAUAUUUGCCUCCAGAUCUUCUGUCCAGUAUGGCCCUGCUGAAGGGCAGUGCCCCCUGAGAAAAACAGUCCUCAAGCAGAAUCUCAGCUGUGACAAACUACCGAGAGCAGUACCACAGAAACUAUGUAAGCUGGUUCUGCGCUCCUGGAGUAAACAUGAUGAAAACGGAGUCUUCAGGAGAAAGAUCAACCCUCCGAAGUGCCUCUCCUCACAGGAAUGCUUACAGAACUGAGUUCCAGGCGCUGAAAAGCACCUUUGACAAACCGAAAUCAGAUGGGGACCAAAAAGCGAAAGAGGAAGGAGAGGCCUCGCAGAGCAGGGGAAGGAAAUAUGGCUCAAAUGUCAAUAGGAUUAAGAACUUAUUUAUGCAAAUGGGCAUGGAGCCCACUGAAAGUGCUGGAGUUACCUCUAAAACCAGGGGGAAGGGUGGCCCUCCAUCACCUCAAAGACGAAUUAGGCCCAAAGAAUUUGUAGAGAAAGCAGAUGGUUCAAUUGUAAAACUGGAAUCAUCUGUCUCGGAAAGGAUUAGUAGAUUUGACACUAUCCAUGACGGUCCUUCCUAUUCCAAGUUUACUGAAACUCGGAAGAUGUUUGAGCGAAAUGCUCAUGAAAUGGGACAUUCCAAUCGCUACUCCCCAAAGAAAGAGAAAGUUGUUUCCAAUGAGCUUCCAGAUGAGUGGUGCAGCUCUAAGUCUCACAGAGGCAGCACUGAUUCACUGGACAGUCUUAGCCCAAGGACAGAGACUGUCUCUCCAACUGUGAGUCAGCUCAGUGCAGUUUUUGAAAACACUGACUCGCACAAUGUCAUCGUUGUAGAAAAGACAGAAAACAAUGAAGAGUACUCUGUAACUGGUCACUAUCCGCUAAACCUCUCAUCUACUGUCGCAAAUAUCUCUUCCCCAGUUCCAAACCUUGAGGGUUUCAGUCCUUUGAAAGAUGCUAGCACGUGGUCUCCCCCAGCCAAACAGAGUACAGGCGUGGUGUCUGUUGAGAACUCUCAGCAGAAUAGCACGCCUUCAGCACCGAGACAGAAGACAUCCACAGGCGCUUCGGCAGGUUCAAAAACAACUGAAGAAAUAAAGAAGAGUACAGAGGCAAGUGCUGAUUCUGUUGAGAGCUCUGCAGCGAGUCAACAGGAUUUGGUCAACGUGAUUGACAGCGAAAGAUCUGUGGACAGCUGUGCUAGGAGUAAAUCAAAAACAGGGACAGAAGUUUUGUUGCAAAAGGAGCGGUCAGAACAUGCAGAGGGUAUCUUUGAUAGACUGGAAGCUGCAGAAUUACCAAGAAAUGUAGCAUCAGGUGGUGAUUUUGCCACAGAUGCUGUUUCAGAUGCUACCGAGUCCCAUUAUGAUGAGGCAAGUGAAAAAGAAGUGCAUGAAGAUGUGAAUAAUUUUCAGAGUUCCCAUGUAUAUAUGCACUCUGACUACAGUGUAUAUCGGGUACGAUCGAGAUACAAUUCUGACUGGGGAGAGACAGGUACAGAACAGGAUGAUCAGGAUGACAGUGAUGAAAACUGUUACGAACCUGAUAUGGAAUAUUCUGAAAUUAAUGGAUUGCCAGAUGAGGAUGAAAUCCCAGCCAACAGAAAAAUACAGUUUAGCCGUGCUCCAAUUAAGGUUUUCAAUACAUAUUCCAAUGAAGACUAUGACAGGAGAAAUGAUGAAGUUGACCCAGUGGCUGCAUCAGCUGAAUAUGAACUCGAGAAGCGUGUGGAAAAGCUGGAGCUCUUCCCAGUUGAACUAGAAAAAGAUGAAGAUGGACUUGGCAUAAGCAUUAUUGGAAUGGGAGUUGGAGCAGAUGCAGGCCUUGAAAAACUGGGAAUAUUUGUCAAAACAGUAACAGAAGGUGGGGCAGCAGAAAGAGAUGGCAGGAUCCAAGUGAAUGACCAAAUUGUGGAAGUUGAUGGCAUCAGUCUGGUUGGUGUUACGCAAAAUUUUGCUGCAACUGUUCUUCGAAACACCAAAGGGAAAGUCAGGUUUGUAAUUGGACGAGAAAAACCAGGACAAGUGAGUGAGGUUGCGCAGCUGAUUAGCCAAACUCUAGAACAAGAACGCCGCCAGAGAGAGCUGCUGGAGCAGCAUUAUGCACAGUAUGACGCAGAUGAUGAUGAGACAGGGGAAUAUGCUACAGAUGAAGAAGAUGAAGACAUGGGACCUGUCCUUCCAGGAGGUGACAUGGCUAUUGAGGUGUUUGAUCUUCCUGAAAAUGAUGACAUGUUCUCCCCCAGUGAUGUGGACACCAGCAAGCUUGCUCAUAAAUUCAAAGAGUUGCAAAUCAAACAUGCAGUUACAGAAGCUGAAAUUCAGAAGCUGAAGACGAAGCUGCAGGCUGCUGAGAAUGAGAAGGUGAGGUGGGAAUUGGAGAAGACCCAACUCCAGCAGAACAUUGAGGAGAAUAAGGAAAGGAUGAUGAAAUUAGAGAGUUAUUGGAUUGAGGCACAAACCCUGUGUCACACAGUGAAUGAGCACCUCAAGGAGACGCAAAGCCAGUAUCAGGCUCUGGAGAAGAAAUAUAACAAGGCAAAGAAAUUAAUCAAGGAUUUUCAGCAAAAAGAACUUGACUUCAUCAAACGCCAGGAAGCUGAAAGAAAGAAGAUAGAAGAUUUGGAGAAAGCACACCUUGCAGAGGUUCAAGGCUUACAAGCCCGCAUACGAGACUUGGAAGCAGAAGUUUUCAGGCUAAUGAAGCAAAACGGGAGCCAGGUUAACAAUAACAACAACAUUUUUGAAAGGCAGACAUCUUUUGGAGAAGUUUCUAGAGGAGAUCCAGUGGAAAAUCUAGAUACUAAGCAAGUGUCCUGCCUGGAUGGCUUAAGUCAAGAUUUCAAUGAAGCAGUGCCGGAAACGGAGAGACUGGACUCCAAAGCUCUGAAGACUCGAGCUCAGCUUUCAGUGAAGAACAAGCGGCAGAGGCCUUCUAGAACAAGGCUGUAUGAUAGCAUCAGUUCAACUGAUGGAGAGGACAGCCUUGAACGAAAGCCGUCAAACAGUUACAGUAGUCCCAUGCACAUUUCAAAAUCACCACUGCCCUUAUGCAUGAGAGCAUCCUCACCAGCAUCAGAUUCUGGUGCUUCCUCCCUCUCCCCUGUGGCUAGCAGUGCAGCAAUCUCACUUGACAACCUAACUGAAAACCAAGAAGAAGGACAGCACCACAAAGGAGGUGUCCUUUCCCCUCAUGCUCAGGGAGACACUCCACUUUCCUCUCCUUCAAAAUCUGGCCACAGCUCUGAAGCAUCUCCUUUGCAUCACCCAGCUGGCAGGAAUAUUUUACAGGAUAAAGAUGGUGCCACAUGUGCUCAGGCAGCAAGAACAACUAGCCCUAUUAUAGGGCAUACAGAAAAACUAAAGCGAAAACUUGCAGAUCUUGGGGCUCCCUUGAGAAGGAGUUCAAACAAGGGCAAGAAGCGGAAAGAGAAAGAAGCUAUUAGGGUGACCUAUGGCAGUAGGACCACCAGAGAGAUGCUGCAGAAGUCAGCAAACACUAAAUCUUUGGCAGAGCGAUCCUCCUCUCUCCCACACUGUGUACCAUUCACAUGGUAUGGAGAGAGUGGCAAGGGAUCCAAUUCUUCUAGCAACCUGCCAUCACCUACCAGCUCAACUGAACCUUCCUCUGAAAAUAUAAGUCCAGCUAAAAAAGGGUCAAAGAAUUUCACAUUCAAUGAUGAUUUCAGUCCCAGCAGCACAAGUUCAGCUGAUUUGAGCGGUUUAGGAGCAGAACCUAAAACCCCAGGUUUCUCACACUCCUUAGCACUGUCGUCAGAUGAGAGCCUGGAUAUGAUUGAUGAUGAGAUCCUUGACGAUGGACAGUCUCCUAAGCACAGUCAGUGUCAGAGUCGUGCUGUUCAGGAAUGGAGCGUGCAGCAGGUUUCCCACUGGUUAAUGAGCCUGAACCUUGAACAGUAUGUUUCCGAAUUCAGUGCCCAAAACAUUAAUGGGGAGCAUCUCCUUCAGCUGGAUGGGAGUAAGCUCAAGGCUCUUGGUAUGACAUCUUCCCAGGACAGAGCAAUCAUUAAAAAAAAGCUAAAGGAAAUGAAAGCAUCCUUGGAGAAAGCUCGCAAAGCUCAAGAGAAAAUGGAAAAGCAAAGGGAAAAGCUUCGGAAGAAGGAACAAGAGCAACUGCAGAGGAAAUCGAAGAAAACAGACAAGUCUUCAUCAGAUGCAACAGAGGGCACUAAUGAGCAGUGAUAAGCAGAAGUGCUGCUGAGUUAGCAAAGUGGAGGCACUUCAAGGGAAGAGAAACUCAUAUCCACCCUGGUGCCCCUGCAGCUUUCUUGUAUUCAUUACACAAGAGUGUAUACAGAGAAAUGGGGCUACACACAGAUUGACUAGGGAAAUUUAUAUUGUGUAGUUUUAUUUUCCUGCAUAUCCAGUUCACGCUCGUUGCUGUUGCCAUGUGAAACAACCUCAGCCCCUCGGUUUGUUUUGUUGUUGUUGACAGCUAACAGAUUUCAUAUUUGUGUGGCAGUGUUUCUUUCCAAACUACUCUUCUCUAUUGAGCUGUAUGUGUUUGGUCACUUCAGUAACCAGCAUGAUGCCGAGGAGCAUGGUCCACUGCUUCACCUCUUCUGAAUAGGAUAGCCAGUCAAAACGAUUGGUGAAUAUUUCUUCAGCUGGAUAAAAGCAGUUGUGCUCUGUCUGAUAAGAGUUAACUUUCUAACUGGAAGUUCAGCUUCUUUACGGUGUUUGGAUACUCAGUUCCGUCUACUGGAGUAAGUUUCAUCUUGCAUCAGUACCUUGAAGCGACACUGCUCUGGAAACACAACUGUUCAGUGACUUCUUAUUAUACACUGGAGAUAAAGACAGGAGAGUCAAUAUUCCCCCUGGGUAAAAGACAGGAGGCAAAACUCUUUCUGUUAACUGUACAAUAGUUAAUCCAGGAAGGAGGCAAAGCCUUAAAUGAUUAUGUGGGUUUACACAGAAAUCUGAGGAUAACAUUUAUCCUUUAGAUAACUGAGCAAGGAUGAAUUUCUAACUAGAGCACAGAGUAUAGAUCUGUAUAAAUUUCAUCGUGCUCCCAGUGUGUAGGCAACUUUCUUAUAGCACACUCCGCUUUCUUUUUCAUGUGUUUUGAACAGGAAACCGGGCUUAUUUUGGUUUGGUUUUGGUUUUUUUUUUCCAAGAAAAACACCACAUCUUCAGAUUCAUUCUCCUAUAAGCAUUGGGAGAAUAAGCUUUGUGUUGUGCUCUUAUGAAGCUGUUGUUAGAAACGAUUAUCAAACUUGAGUCUGCUGAAGAUUUUCAGUUUUUACAGAAGUGCACUUUAAGAAGAGGAAGACGAGGGAUUCUGGUUAAAAUUAAAUUCAGUACAUUGCUGUUAAGAUCAAUGCUGCCAUGGAGGUGACGGUUACUAAAUCUAAAGCUGCCAUAUAUUAACUGUUUUCAUUGAUGUGUUUAAAGAAUAUCCCCACCAAAACCUGAAUUUUUGGGCGCAGGCUGUAGAAUGUUUUGAUGGCUUAGCAGUGGUUGUAUGACAUCCUUCAGAGAUUUCUGUUUUCCUGGUAUAUGAGGCCAUCGGCAAAGCCUGCUGUGUAGUUUUGACUAUGACAGAAGCAGCGUAUAGCUCGCAGUGCAUGGUGUUACUGCCUCUUAAGAGCGGUAUUAAAAUAUUCAGUAUUUCUUCAAAAGAAUGGGCAGACAACAAGCAAAUACCCACAAUGAGAAGCUAGAGGUGUUAUCUUACUGCUUUAUAGUCAUAGCUAACUACGUAGCAGCAUUUACAGUUGAGAAACGUCACUUCCCUUUCAUGCAUUCUGGAAGUUGCAGUCUUCGUCUGGUCAUAUCAACCCAUAAGCAGUUUAAGAUGUUGAUGCAAAGUUAGAAUCUUGAACUUACAAAUUUGCCAGCCUAAAAAAUGCAAAUAUUGAAUUCUUUUGAAGAAAAUGUUUGUUUUCGUUUGGCUUGGCUUCUCUUCCGCUCUGUACUUUAUAGCAUUCAGAUUUGUGUCUGUAAAGUUCUCUGAAGAUCGGAUUUGAAACAGUUGGCGUGCAAUGUUUAUAGUUAAAUUUCUUUUGAUCCUAAUAAUUUCUUUGACAUGUAAAAUGGUCUGUAAACUGAGAGAGCCUAGUUCAUUCAAAAUUAAUGCACAACAGAUCUACUUAGCAUUAGCUUUAUUUUUCCUUCCAAAUCCAAUUUCUACAAGUUUCUGAUGUAUAUUUUAUUCAGAUGUAAAAAUGAUAUCACCAUAAAAGAUACUUCCUGGUAUUUCUAAAGGCUUGUGGUAUUUUUCCUGAGAUACACCACUGCCAAAAAAAUAUACCUGCUAACAAGAUUUCCACAUUGCAGUGAAUCUUUCUGCACUCUUUGUAGGAGAAAAAUUAUACAACUGUUUAACAGCCUUGUAAAACUAGCAUUCUGUUAUUUUAGGAGGUUAUCAGUUUAUAUUUGAGUAAGAGAAGUUACCUGGAAGAAACUGGAAAUUUAAUAUUUUAAAUACAAUGUUGAUAAAUGCAUUCGAUUAUGAUUUUCUUUUUAAAUUAUGUUUACAUUGUAGUAAUGUUUAACUGGUUGUACAUAGUAAUGUAAGGUGGUGUCCCUGUUUUCUGUUCUUUGUUUUCUUAGAAAACUGAGGAGACUGCUUGGCAUUAUAUAUUGAGUUUUCAUUCUUGCUGCUUAGAACAGUGCCUAGUUAAUCUCUUCAUAAAUCAGAUUCUUAUUCUGCAGAAUAACUAGUUCGACUUAAGUCCUUUAAGUAUUCGGGGGGGGGGGGGGUUAUUGCUUUGUGGUAAGGUUAUUUUGUUAUUCUCAGACUAAAAAAAAACCAACAAAAACCUAACUUAAAAAAACCUGGUAGCUUAAAAACCUGGUAGCUUAAAUUUAAAAUAAAACCAUAAAAUGCAUUUUGGCCAACACAUGAAAACUAAGCAAACCAAGCAAUGUCAAGAGUUUUGCUUUUUCCAUGAUAAAAGAGAUUUAUGUGGUUUCUUUUACUAAGUAUGGUAACUCAUUGUUGGGAUGUGGAGACGUCAUGUGGUAAUGGCAUGUAUGAAACAAAAUAUAUGGAUGUCUCAUUGUUCUUAACUUAAACUUCCUGUAAACCAAUGCCAAGUCAGACUAAUGUGGGGUUUUAAUGUAAUAAGAAGAAACAAAUAUUCCACGCUAAAUGACUGGAAAGACUUUUUCUUUUGGCUCACCUGCAAAUGUAACUGUCACCUACUUUGCAUAUUCGUUUGUGGAGCUAAAGCAAUUUUGAGUAUGCUGACUUGCCUGGCCACCUUUAAACUGCUGUGCAGGCAGCGUGGUGUUUCCACGCCUCUUGCCGUGCAUCUGUGUCAUCUUUACACCUAGGUGACCAGAGCAGGCUGGUGAAGUAACUUCUCCCUGGUUACGGUGGUAGGCCAGUUCUGUAAACUCUAGUUCUGCUCAUUGCUGCAGUAUUGCCAGGUUGUGAAUGUGUCAAGCCUUUGAAAGGGUGAAGAAAGGAGAGUUAGCAAAACAUGGAACUCUGAAAAAUAGAAAUUAAAAGAUACAACACUGCAGGUUACUUUAGUCCUAAAAAACCUAGUGUUUAUACUGAGAUUGUGGAGAGAGUGGUGGCUCAUUGCUCUGUCCAAAUCAGCCAAACAUACUGACAUUACUCGUUUCUAGCUUCUAUUUUCCCAUGUGGUAGGGUGCUGUACCUGUGCUACCUCCGUGUUAAAACUCCCAAUUCGGUUUCAGUCUGCCCAGGCAGAUCAGGACCAGGGCGUGAGGAAGGAGCCAAACCUGUUCAUUGCAAUGCACGGAGUAUUGCCCACUGCUGUUUGCAUUUCACCCACCGCUCUGAGCAAGUCUGGUGGGAGUCACUGUAAGUGGAGCCUGUUCUAGAUCAUAGGUUAGAGUUGCACAGUGGAACAGAAGUCAGUAAUAAAAAGCUGAACAGAGUUAGGUGAUGUUUGUAUCUCAGUGUAUACAAAGGCUUUUGCAUUUUUUUAACUUUUUAAAUUUUUUUGCAAAGGCAUCUGUUGUGCCAUGACUCUAUUCUGCUCCAGGGAUACCACAAGAAUUGAGCUUUUACUAGAAUUACUGAGCAGCUUUCCUCUGAAGCUUGCCAGUCCUCAGCUCUCAUUGACAUUCACAGGCUCUUGACACUGAGCAUCGGGGUUCCUCAUACUUCAUUGCUUCCAUCAGAGCCUCCUGUCCUCCUGAGCUGCUCCACUGUCACCUCCUAGCUCACGUGCUGGCAAGUAAGAGGUGGGCAAUGUUGUGUGAUUUUUGUGAAUGAAUUGUGUUCCACUUUUAAGUCAGAUAAAGAAAUCCCACUCUUGUUAAUAGUGCAGAAUCCAGUUCUACAGUAGGAAGGAAGAGGAUCAGCAUUUAGUUGGGUACGGCCAAGAAGUACUGUUCAGGUACCGACACAACACUGAAAAUCAAAAGGAAAGGUUUGCACAGAUUCAGCUGUCGUUCUUCACAGCAUCUGCACUGCAGUCUGUACUGUUUCUCGGCGCUGAAAUUUUGGGGAAGUUUGCAAGAAUUAAGUCUUAAUGUUGAUUUCUUAGCCGUGUGUUUACAGAGAGAAAGAUAUCGUCAAGGCAAAAGUAAAACCUGAUUUUGCUCUUUUUUGAUGUGGCCUCAUCCCCUGCACUGUCAUCAAACUAAGUGAUAGAGGGGCUGGACCCUUUUAAUAGCACUUCAUUCAUUCUGUGCUCUCCCUCACUUGAAAACCUCAGGAAACCUAUGUUGUUGUCCAAAACACUGAAAAGACAAGAUGUUUGAAAAAAGCAGCACAUAUUUAAUUAAGUUGCAAGUCUUUAACGGUCGAAAUGGGCAGAGUGCACAGAGCAGUUAGAUGGUUUUGGUUUAGUUUUGUUAAAUUAGUGGUUGAAAAUAAUGAAAUCAGUUAAUCUUUCUAGAAAUGUUGGAGCGAUUUGUGGCUUGAUUCCCUCUUUAAAUAAAUAUGUAUGGUUUUGUGUAUGUACAUACAUAUGUACAUACAUGGAUAUUCAUACAGAUUGACACUGCACUAGUAGCAGUUCUGGGCGUUCCAGGGCUGUAGGCACGCCGACUGCAUGGUAGGCAGAGGGCCACGGGGACUGUCCACAAGCUCGGAGGAGCAAAGCACUGCCCCUCGGUCUCACCAGCGUGCUCACCCCUGUCUGUUCUGGUAGCUUUGCUCACUCUUUCUUGUGGGGUUUUACGCAUUUUGCAAAUCAGAAGAUUUUAAAGUUUUGUUAAAACCGUGUACAGAAUGGUCCUCUGCAGGUCCUUCUGCAUGUUGUCCUCGGGUUGGUUUUUUGGGGUGGGAGGUUGGCAGCAUUGAUUUAUUGGGGUGUCAGUAUUCUAGGAAGGAAACCCAUUUUUAUAUUUUUAACCCUAACUUUGCUUUCUGUUGGAGCUCUUUCAGCAGCUUGUUUUUGGGCAGGAUUAUGCGUGACAUCCGAGGUGACUUACUCACCACAGUGGUGUGGGUCACCUGCAGAUUGCACAGUCCCUUUUGUUAACCUCCUGUAUGGAUUUUACUGUACUUUUUCCACCUGUAGAAGUGAUUUUUCAAAGCUGUGACACCUUAGUCAUGACAUUGAGCCCUCCAAUCCCUCAUCAUAAAAUGAGCUUUCUGUUACUAACCGGCAGUACUAACUGGUACUUCUGCUGUCGGCAUUAAGUAAUGAUUUAAAAAAAGGGCAUCUUACUGGAAGGUUUGGCAGUCGUGCCUUGAGCUGCCUGUUUCUUUGGGAAGUUUGGACUGUGUUAAGAACGAGCCGUAGGGUUUGUGAAACCUGGUCUGUUGAGUUAGGCAGGUUUCUUCUUCCAGAGUGAGGAGAAGUGAGGAGGGCUUGCAGCUCAUGAGGUCAGGUCCAAGCCGCAUAACCCGGGAGCCUGAGCCUCCUGCCGGGUUUCCAGUGGGAGCUUUGUCACUGACACCAGUGGAAGCGGGUUCGGGCCCCGGUGCAGAAGCAUCUGAAGGAAAGGGGGAUCCCAGGGCACCAGACGUAAGGAGUAACCAGCCCAUUUGGAAGUGGGGAGUGCACAGUGAACCUCUUCUGACUCUAUACUUUCCCAUACACAUUUACUGUCCAAACAAGUGCUUUUGUAUUUUCCAGUCACGUUGCAAUGGUAACUCACUGGUCACUGACAAGUGUUAGACAUAUUGCUAGAAGACCAGGCAGCUAAAAGACUAAAAUGCACUGUGCUCACUGUAAAAAUUGGCUUCUUACAUUGUUUCUUUUUAUAUGGUUAAAGAGGUGGUUGCGCUUCAGGUUUUUUCCUUUUCUUCUUUUAAAGAGGUCAAAUGUAUAUGAAGUGCAUGUUAUCCUGAACUUUUUGUUUGUACAUCUUGGUGUCUGAUCAUCUGCAUGAAAGACACAGUAGUGCCAUGUCUGAGCUUGUUCUCUUGUGCUUGGUUGAUAUAAACUUCUCUAGAUUGUUGAGUUUUCCCCAAAAUAGCUUUCAUUAAUAUUUAGUUAUUGGGAGACAUCAAAACAAAACAUCAUGGUGGCCCUUUCUUUUCUUAUUCUUACAGUUCAAAUACAAACAACAAAGCCUUGUGGUUUAAAGUUAAUUUGUUAGUGUAAAUAAAUUUCUUGCCAAUGAGUAUUAUUGUUGUUAGACAACGAAUGCAAUAAAAUGAGAAAUCCUGAAUCUUUA